ACAGAAAAAGAAAGAGAAAGAACCUUAACGUUUACGCCUACGCAUCGUUGUCCAUCUUUCUCAGACCGACCCACGAGCCACGAAAAAGCAGAUCACCAGCCAUUCCGCAAGAGCAUAUUCAUUCGUAGUUUCCACUUGCUUCCUAUUUUCUCUCUCCUGCUCUCUCUUUGGUUCCGCUGGGUUCAAUUCUGUCUGCUCUUGAAGCUACACGCCGUUUCAGUCGUAUCUCACUGCAACCCGAACCCGAUUGACACAGUUGAAGGAAUCUCCCGGAGAUGGUUCUGAUCAAGGAAUUUCGGAUUGUGAUGCCCAUGUCGUUGGAAGAGUAUGAGACAGCGCAGAUGUAUAUGGUCAGGAAGAUGCAGCAGCAGAACACGACUGGUACUGAAGGAAUUGAAGUGCUUGAGAGCAGACCCUUCGAAGAUGGUGUGCAUGGAAAGGGUCAAUACACUUCUAAAGUUUAUCGUCUACAAAGUAAAGUGCCUGCUUGGCUUACAAAAUUUGCACCGGCACAUGCUCUCAACAUGCAAGAGGAAGCCUGGAACGCAUACCCAAGAUGCAAAUCAGUACUGAAGUGCACAUACUUUACCAAGUUUCAGUUAACCAUUGAAACCGUUCAUAGGGCUGACAAUGGGCACUCAGAAAAUGUGCAUGGUUUAAGCAAAGAACAGCUGGCAGCCAGGCAGGUCGAAUAUAUUGAUAUAGCUUUUCCAGGAAGUGAUUGUUGGAGUCACUUAGUUGGAAGGUGCAGUUUAGACUUUUCUAAAUUCAAAUCCGCAAGAACUGGCCGUGGUCCACUUCUGAAGCGUUGGCAGGAAAGGUCUGAUCCAGUUAUGACUGCAUACAAAUUGGUGACAAUUGAUGCACCAUAUUGGGGUUUUGGUCGUCGGCUUGAACUGGCUCUGCUAGCGGGUGAAAGGGCUCUUUUCUUGGAAAGUCAUCGUCAUUGUUUUGGUUGGAUUGAUGAAUGGUAUGGGAUGACUGUGCAACAAAUGUUUGAACUCGUGCAACAAAGCGACUCUACGUUAAAUGAGAGACUCGUCAAGCCAGCUCUAAUGAUGAGCAUCGAUCAUUUCAAUGGGGGAGCACAUGAUAGUGAAGACAUUUGUGGCAAGAACUCUGACCUUCAUUCUCAACAGCAUGCACAUGCCAUUGAUACUCGAAGUGGGUAGCAUAGCACAGGAGUUGGAGACCACAGCUUGUAAAGUGAAGGUCAAGGAUUGAUGCUUUCUCUUUGUGGCUACUACAGAAAACAAAGGAAAACGAAAAUUCAUUUGCUUUUUCCCCUUUACCAUGGGAAAGUAUUGUAACAAAACAAAGAAAAAAAAAUGCAUAUGAGCUUGUAGAAGCAAUCCGGAUACUCAUAUUAUUGUUGACAUCCUAAUUAUGACCACAUUAUUUUACUGAAAUUCGUUGAAAUUA